AUGGUUGGUACUUGGGCAGCAGUUUCCAUCGAACCAGACAUCAUUGUGUUUCCCAAAAACCAGGCCUAUGGAUCCGGCUGUGACAUUGUUAUUUUGGCAAACGACUUCGAAUGUGUGCAGAUCAUUCCUGGUGCUAAGCAUGGGAACAUCCAAGUCAGCUGCGUGGAGUGUUCCAGCCAGCAAGGAAGAAUCGCUGCUUCGUAUGGAAAUGCUGUGUGUAUAUUUGAGCCCCUAGGCAUAAAUUCCCAUAAGAGGAAUUGUCAACUCAAGUGUCAGUGGCUUAAAACCGGGCAGUUCUUUUUGAAUUCUGUGACAUACAACCUGGCAUGGGACCCUCAAGAUAACAGAUUGUUGACAGCAACUGAUUCUAUUCAGUUGUGGGCUCCUCCAGGAGGUGAUAUUCUGGAAGAGGAGGAAGAAAUUGAUAAUAAAAUUCCUCCCGUUUUAAAUGACUGGAAGUGCGUCUGGCAGUGCAAAACCUCAGUAUCUGUACAUUUGAUGGAAUGGUCUCCAGAUGGGGAAUAUUUUGCUACUGCUGGAAAGGAUGACUGUCUUUUGAAAGUGUGGUACCCCAUGACUGGUUGGAAGUCUUCAAUUAUACCUCAGGAUCAUCAGGAAGUGAAACGGAGACAGGCCUCGACCCAGUUCUCCUUUGUGUACCUGGCUCACCCCCGAGCAGUGACGGGGUUUUCCUGGCGUAAAACUAGCAAGUAUAUGCCUAGGGGCUCUGUCUGUAAUGUGUUACUAACUUCAUGCCAUGAUGGCGUGUGUCGGCUCUGGGCAGAAACCGUACUACCAGAAGACUGUCUUAUGGGUGAGCAGAUCUGUGAGACCACCACUUCAAGCGUCGCCAGUCCCCUCUCUCACGCUGGAAAACACAAGGACAGGGUCCAGCAUGCUCUAGAGACAAUACACCAUUUGAAGAAUUUAAGGAAAGGCCAGCGGAGGUCCUCUGUCCUCGUCACUCACACUGAACUCAUGCCCGACCAGACGGCCACGCACGAAGUCCAGAGACACAUCUCCCACCACGCCAAUGCCCUGUGUCACUUCCACAUCGCCGCCAGCAUCAACCCAGCCACAGAUAUCCCCAAUGCCCUGAUUGGCACCGCCUUUAAUGUUGAUGAUGGAAAUGGAUUUGUAGUUCAUUGGUUAAACAACAAGGAAUUUCAUUUUACAUCUUCAACUGAAAUAUUUAUGCAUCAGUUGCGAAAACUUUCCGAGAAACAUUUAGGUCAUGAAAGCAAUGAUGCAGAUAGAGAAGAUGAGGAACAUUCACAGGAGGAGAGAGAGAGAGGCUUACGAAUGAAACUAGACCAUGAAUUAUCCCUGGAUAGAGAAUCAGAGGCAGGUACGGGGUCAUCGGAACAUGAAGAUGGAGAGAGAGAGGGCAGCCCGAGGGUCUGCUCCCGGCCCAGUGUGCCCGUGCCCCUGCCUACGGUCCUGCUGGACCGCAAGAUCGAGAUGCUGCUCACAGAGUGGAAUAAGAACCCCGACAUGCUCUUUACAGUGCACCCUGUCGAUGGUACCUUUCUAGUGUGGCACGUAAAGUAUUUGGAUGAAUAUAACCCUGGGAUAUUUAGACAAGUCCAGGUUUCUUUCUCUUCUCGAAUUCCGGUUGCCUUUCCCUCAGGCGACGCGAGCUCCCUGAGUAAGAACAUCAUGAUGUAUGCCUGCAUGAAUGCCACAAAAGACGCCCACCACAGCCUGCUGCACCCGGAGCUGCUGCUGGCUGGCAGUCCUUGCAGAUCGCAGCCUUCUUCCAGGGCACCCUCCCUGGGUGUGAACAUCUUAGACCCCACUGUGAUGAUGGUCUCUAAGCACAUCGAUGGCUCUCUGAACCAGUGGGCAGUCACGUUUGCAGACAAGUCUGCCUUCACCAUGGUUCUGACUGUGUCCCACAAGUUCCGGUACUGUGGUCACCGCUUCCACCUCAACGACCUGGCGUGCCAUUCGGUCUUGCCACUCCUGUUGACGUCCUCCCAUCAUAAUGCCCUGCUGACUCCUGAACCUGACUGCCAGUGGGACACGGACAAUAAAUUAAGUCGGCCGAUGGACCCUGCGAGACAUACAAAGGGCAUGUUGUUGAAACAGCCUCUCCGAAACGCAGCCACUCGCACCUUCCAUGACCCGAACGCCAUCUACAGUGAGCUGAUUCUGUGGCGCGUGGACCCAAUAGGACCCUUGUCCUACACUGGCGGAGUGUCGGAGCUGGCUCGGAUCAACUCUCUCCACACCUCUGCCUUCUCCAAUGUGGCUUGGCUUCCGACCCUUAUUCCCAGUUACUGUCUUGGCACAUACUGCAAUUCUGCAAGUGCUUGCUUUGUUGCUUCUGAUGGCAAAAAUCUGCGACUCUAUCAAGCUGUAGUAGAUGCAAGAAAGUUACUGGAUGAACUGUCAGACCCAGAGUCCUCAAAACUGAUUGGAGAAGUGUUUAAUAUUGUGAGCCAACAGUCUACUGCCCGACCUGGCUGCAUUAUUGAACUCGACGCGAUAACGGACCAAUGUGGCUCAAAUACCCAGUUGCUUCAUGUGUUUCAAGAAGACUUCAUUAUAGGAUACAAACCACAUAAGGAAGAUGUGGAGAAAAAGGAAACGGAGAUAUUUUUCCAGCCAUCACAAGGGUAUCGCCCACCUCCAUUCUCGGAGAAGUUCUUUCUCGUAGUCAUCGAGAAGGACAGCAGCAGUUACUCCAUCCUGCACAUGUGGCGCCUGCACCUGAAGUCUGUGCAGGCGUGCUUAGCUAAAGCUUCAGAAGGUUAUUCAUCUGAGAGUCUGCUGUCAGUUCCUGGACAGAAGACUGUGGACUCUUCCCCGGAAACCUCCCCUAGUGUGAGCCCCAUGCCGCAUUCAUCAUCAAUCGUCAACCUCCAAACUGCGAGUAAACUGAUCCUGAGUUCUAGGCUGGUGUACAGCCGGCCUAUCGAUCUCCCAGAUGGAGUUGAAGUCAUCAGAGCCACACCUUCGGCAGGUCAUCUCAGCUCCUCUUCCAUUUAUCCGGUGUGCCUUGCGCCUUAUUUAGUGGUUACAACUUGCUCGGACAAUAAAGUACGUUUCUGGAAGUGCUGUGUGGAACCCAGCCUGCCGGGUACUGCAGGUGACGAGAAAGAAACCUAUCUCUGGAGGAGAUGGCCCCUGAUGAACGACGAGGGAGAAGCCAACAGCAGCACAGUGAGCAUCGUGGGAAGGCCUGUUGCUGUCAGCUGCUCGUACACAGGCCGCCUGGCCGUGGCUUACAAGCAGCCCGUCCACCACAACGGCUUUGUUUCUAAGGAGUUCUCCAUGCAUGUUUGCAUAUUCGAAUGUGAAUCUACAGGAGGGUCCGACUGGGUUUUAGAGCAAACAAUUCAUCUUGAUGAUUUGGUUAAGGUCGGGAGUGUACUUGACUCAAGGAUCAGCGUGGAUAGUAAUCUUUUUGUAUAUAGCAAAUCAGAUUCACUUUUAAGCAAGGAUGAUAGGUACCUUAUUCCAAAUAUCAAGCAUUUGGUGCAUUUGGACUGGGUGUCCAAAGAAGAUGGCUCCCACAUUCUCACGGUGGGAGUUGGUGCUAACAUCUUCAUGUACGGCAGGCUCUCAGGAAUUGUGACUGAGCAGACCAACAGCAAGGACGGGGUCGCUGUCAUCACUUUGCCACUUGGUGGUAGCAUCAAGCAAGGAGUUAGGUCGCGAUGGGUCCUUCUCCGGUCCAUAGACUUGGUGUCCUCGGUGGAUGGUACCCCUUCCCUGCCCGUCUCUCUCUCUUGGGUGAGGGAUGGGAUACUGGUGGUGGGCAUGGACUGUGAGAUGCAUGUGUAUGCCCAGUGGAAGCAUGCCGUCAAGUAUGGAGACUCCGAGGCCGGUAGUCCUGGUGUGGAGGAGACAGUCACACAGGACCACUCUUCCUUUAAAUCGAGUGCGCUGGCAAGAAAAAGUCUAGUUGAAGGAACAGCCGUCACUGAUGAUGUCUUCUGUUCGCCAGCAGUAGUUCAGGAUGGUGGCCUGUUUGAGGCUGCACAUGUACUGUCCCCUACUCUUCCGCAGUAUCAUCCAACUCAGCUGUUAGAGUUGAUGGAUUUAGGGAAGGUUCGUAGGGCUAAGGCCAUUCUGUCUCACUUAGUGAAGUGUAUCGCGGGCGAAGUUGCAAUAGUUAGAGACCCUGACACAGGAGAAGGAAGUAAGCGCCAUCUUUCUCGAACUAUCAGUGUAAGCGGCAGCACGGCGAAGGAUACCGUCACCAUAGGCAAAGACGGCACUCGAGAUUACACUGAGAUCGAUUCCAUUCCCCCGCUGCCGCUGCAUGCCUUGCUUGCUGCAGAUCAGGAUGCAUCCUACAGGAUUGCAGAAGAAAGUGCCAGCGUGCCACAGGGGUGUGAAGAUCACCCUGAGAGUCAAGCAGAGGAUCAGUAUUCAGAGCUGUUCCAGAUCCAGGAUAUAACGACGGACGAUAUUGACUUAGAGCCAGAAAAGAGAGAAAACAAAUCGAAAGUCAUAAACCUUUCCCAGUACGGACCGGCCUACUUCGGCCAGGAACACGCCCGGGUGCUGUCCUCCCAUCUCAUGCACUCCAGUCUGCCAGGCCUCACGCGGCUGGAACAGAUGUUCCUUGUGGCCUUGGCUGACACCGUGGCUACCACCAGCACUGAGCUCAAUGAAAAUAGAGAUAAGCAUUGCUCAGGCCGAGACACCCUGGACGAGUGUGGCCUGCGGUACCUGCUGGCCAUGCGCUUGCACACCUGCCUCCUCACGUCGCUGCCACCUCUCUACCGUGUCCAGCUGCUUCAUCAAGGUGUGUCUACGUGCCAUUUCGCCUGGGCCUUUCACUCUGAGGCUGAGGAGGAGCUGAUCAACAUGAUCCCUUCGAUUCAGAGAGGGGACCCGCAGUGGUCGGAGCUGAGAGCCAUGGGGAUAGGAUGGUGGGUGAGAAACAUCAGCACGCUCCGGAGGUGUAUCGAGAAGGUCGCCAAAGCUUCUUUUCAAAGGAAUAAUGAUGCUUUGGAUGCUGCGUUGUUCUACCUCUCCAUGAAGAAGAAAGCAGUAGUGUGGGGUCUGUUUAGGUCACAACAUGAUGAAAAAAUGACAGCGUUUUUCAGUCACAACUUCACUGAAGAUCGGUGGCGCAAAGCUGCUUUGAAGAACGCUUUCUCUUUACUUGGAAAGCAACGCUUUGAACAAUCUGCUGCUUUUUUCUUGUUAGCUGGUUCAUUGAAAGAUGCCAUAGAGGUAUACAUAAAACUUGUUACAAAAUGUGGCCUCUCUGGCUGGAUGUUACUGUGUCCUGGUCUUACUCUUUAUUCUCCUAUGGAAGAGCAGUGUGACUACCUUUCACGUCCUGACACGAGCGUACGAGCAGAAGACGGGCUCAGUGUAUCAGUGCACACACUUCAUUCACUAGCAGCAUCACUUUCUGCAUCAAUUUACCAAGCUUUAUGUGACAGUCAUAGCUACAGCCAGCCAGAGGGGAACCAGUUCACAGGCAUGGCUUAUCAGGGGCUGCUCCUGAGUGACCGCCGGAGACUGAGGACAGAGAGCAUUGAAGAGCAUGCGACACCAAACUCGUCUCCUGCUCAGUGGCCUGGCGUGAGCUCCCUCAUCAACCUGCUGAGUUCAGCCCAAGACGAGGACCAGCCGAAGCUGAAUGUGCUGCUGUGCGAAGCCGUCGUCGCUGUUUACCUGAGCUUGCUGACCCACGCGCUUGCUACCAACUCCUCCAGCGAGCUGUUCCGGCUCGCAGCCCACCCGCUCAAUCACCGGAUGUGGGCUGCUGUCUUUGGCGGGGGCGCCAAGCUUGUUGUGAAGCCUCGAAGACAGUCGGAAAAUAUCUCAGCACCACCCCUGCCUUCUGAAGACGCGGAUAAGCACCGCAGGAGGUUCAACAUGCGCAUGCUGGUGCCCGGGAGGCCGGUGAAGGACACCACCCCGCCUCCUGUGCCUGCAGAAAGGCCGUCCUACAGGGAGAAGUUCAUCCCGCCCGAGCUCAGCAUGUGGGAUUACUUUGUCGCCAAGCCCUUCCUGCCCUUGUCUGACAGUGGGGCCAUCUACGACUCUGACGAGAGCGCUCACAGUGACGACGAAGACGACGAUGCCUUCUUCUCAGACACACAGAUACAGGAGCACCAAGACCCAAAUUCCUAUAGCUGGGCUCUUCUGCAUCUGACAAUGGUGAAGCUAGUGCUUCAUAAUGUCAAGAAUUUCUUCCCCAUUGCUGGACUGGAGUUCUCUGAGUUGCCUGUCACAUCACCGUUAGGUAUUGCCGUGAUUAAAAAUUUGGAGAACUGGGAACAGAUUCUGCAAGACAAAAUGGAUCAGUUUGAAGGCCCACCCCCCAACUAUAUCAACACAUACCCCGCUGACCUUUCUGGAGGAGCUGGACCCGCCCUCCUUCGAAAUAAAGCCAUGCUGGAACCUGAGAACACGCCAUUCAAGUCCCGGGAUUCUUCUGCACUCCCAGUCAAACGGCUGUGGCAUUUCCUUGUUAAACAGGAAGUCCUCCAAGAGACAUUCAUCAGAUACAUCUUCACUAAGAAGAGAAAACAGAGUGAGUCUGUAGAAGAACCUGUGGAGCAGGGCAGACCCCACUGCAUGGCACAGGAUGGCCACACCAAGGUUGAAGCUGAUUUGGGCUACCCCGGAGGCAAGGCCAGGGUCAUUCAUAAGGAGUCUGACAUGAUCAUGGCGUUUUCUGUUAACAAGGCAAACUGCAAUGAAAUUGUUUUGGCUUCGACGCAUGAUGUUCAGGAACUUGAUGUGGCUUCUCUGCUGGCCUGUCAGCCGUACAUAUGGAUCGGAGAGGAGUACGACAGAGAAUCCAAAAGUUCGGACGACGUUGAUUACCGAGGCUCCACCACCACCCUGUACCAGCCUGGCACGGCAGCCCACCCCACGAGCCAGGCGCACCCGCCUGCAUCCAUGCCCUGGCUGGGCAGCGGGCAGACCAGCACGGGCGCCAGCGUGCUUAUGAAGAGGAAUCUGCAUAAUGUGAAGAGGAUGACAUCACACCCUGUGCACCAGUACUACCUGACGGGUGCCCAGGAUGGCAGCGUCCGCAUGUUCGAGUGGACACGCCCGCAGCAGCUCGUCUGUUUCCGUCAGGCUGGCAACGCGAGGGUCACUAGGUUGUAUUUCAACUCACAAGGCAAUAAGUGCGGUGUUGCAGAUGGAGAGGGUUUCCUGAGUAUCUGGCAAGUUAACCAAACCACAUCCAACCCCAAACCUUACAUGAGCUGGCAGUGCCACAGUAAAGCCACAAGUGAUUUCGCAUUCAUCACCUCCUCAAGUCUAGUUGCCACUUCUGGACAGUCCAAUGACAACAGAAACGUUUGCCUGUGGGACACAUUAAUACCACCCGGGAGCAGCCUCGUUCACGGCUUCACGUGCCACGACCACGGGGCCACUGUGCUGGAGUAUGCGCCCCGCCAGCAGCUGCUCAUCUCGGGGGGCAGGAAAGGCUUCGUCUGCAUCUUCGACAUCAGGCAGCGGCGGCUGCUGCACAUGUUCCAGGCCCACGACUCCGCCAUCAAGGCGCUGGCACUGGACCCCUGUGAGGAGUACUUCACCACCGGCUCUGCGGAGGGGAACAUCAAGGUCUGGAGGUCGACAGGCCACGGUCUCAUCCACUCCUUUAAGCACGAGCACGCCAAGCAGUCCAUAUUCCGGAACCUCGGGGCCGGCGUCAUGCAGAUCGAGCUGGUGCCGGGCAACCGACUCUUCUCCUGUGGCGCCGAUGGCACCCUGAAAACCAGGGUCUUGCCCAGUGCUUUUAACAUCCCCAGUCAGAUACUGGACAUCCUGUAGACUUCAGGAGUGGGGCUUUAUUUUUAUAUACAUUUCAGUGCAAACGUAGUCCAGUAGUCAUCAGGCAGUUAGCGCCGAGCAGACCUCUGUCUCUAGCUCCCCGUGCGAGCCAGGCGCUGUCCACACCGGUGGGAGGGCUGUGCAUGCAGUGUGAGGCUGACCCCAGAGUCCCGCCUCGUCCCUAUGAAGGGUGAAGGGUAGCUCUUCUUCCAGAGUUCCGCAAACCUGAUUCCGAAACGCCUGCGGCUGCCAGCGAGCAAAUGAACUCCCAGGAAUGUCUGCAGAGCACUCCGCGGGAGCCGCUGCUGACUCAGGUUCCUUGUCUCGCGGUCACCGCAUGCCUGCAGCUCCUCCUCCCAACGAGGCACCGCCUGCCGUGCUGGAUGUGCGACCCCAGCCGGUGCACAGGAGGCCGUUUCAUUCUUUCCUGCUGAGUAUCUUUCCUGUUAGUGUUUAUACUGAGCUCGUACUGUAACUUGCAAUGAGUGCAAAUUUAAAUGCAACGUUUUCCUCAUGAUUUGCACAUUCAACAUUUUUUGGACUGCUAGUUUUUCUAUUUAAAUAUUUGUCUUAAUGUUAGGAAUGUAAUGUGAACAGGACACAUUUGUUAGUUAACCACAACACCUUCUUGGUCCGGUUUAUUACCUUUUCUUUUUAUUGUUCAAGAUUAGAACAUUUACGGCUAUGUUGAAACUACACCAAUAGAGCAUUUCAUAUCAACUCAGAUGAAUGUUAGGCUUUUUGUGGCCAGUUAAUAAUAGUUGAUGAGAUUGGUGAUACUAUUUAUUGCCACAGCCUAUUGUAUAAACUAUGCAGAGUUAAAUAUCAUUUGCUUAUAAAAUAUUAGCCAGUGUUGUCAUAUUUUGAUGUAUUUCCUAGGUUAUGACCAAAAAUAUGUUCUUGAGAUAUUGAAUCCAGUGUGUGUGUGUCUACAUGUUUACCAGCAAAUUGUCUCAUCAUGUUAAAGACUGUUUAAUGCCUGUGUGGUAAAUAGUGAAAUAUAACGGUAUAAAAGCACCUUUCGCUGAAGGCGAUGUGAUGUUCAUGCUGUGAAACACAUAUGUAAAAGAAGAAUAAAUGUUAUUUGUUAGAGUUU